GCAGACAGACAGACAGACACAGAAUGCUCAAUUGUUCCAUGAUCAUCUUCAUCAAACCCAUCAUCAUCCCCAAGAGAUUGUGAUUGAUAUUAUGUCAGGUACACAGACUUCUCUGGUUGCCCUGCUGUGGCUGUGGGGAGCGUGGCUGUCCCCUGUCCUGUCCUCGUGCACCCCGGGCCGGCCAGCAGAGUGCAAGGCUGCGCUGUCAGCUCCCGGUACCAACCUGGCGGGCGAGGGUUUCGACGUCGUCACCAUGGAACGUAAGCAGGCCUAUGUCAUUGACGUGGACACCUGGAGGAAGACCAAUAACGGGACCUGUACCCUCUGUGUUAACCCUUUCAUGGAUGGCCAGACUCAGAGGCUGCCUGCGGCUGUGGUGGACUGGCGUCCCUCGCAUAAGUGCAACAUGAAGUUAGCCAGCAUGGUCUACGACUCCAGCGAGGAGUUUGUGAGCAACAGCCAGACAGAGGUAGAUGUCAGUUGGAAGAUUGGUCUGGACGUUAUGACCCCCCAGGCUAAGGGGUCGGUCAUGGUGGGGGGCACCCACUCCAGAGCUGCCAAAACGGUGAUGAGCCAGUCGAAGAAGGACAAGUACAGCUUCAUCAAACAGGAUAUACACUGCUCUUAUUACAGUUACCGCCUGCUAGAUGACCCUCCCCUGCACCCUGAGUUCUCUCGCUCCCUGGGCCUCCUGCCCCCCCUCUACACUGACCAGACCAAGGUUGACUACAGACGUUUUCUUGACAACUUUGGCACCCACUUCAUCAAGAAGGUUCUCCUGGGGGGGCGGGUGAAGAGCGUGACCUCACUGCGAGUGUGCCAGGCGGCCCUGAGUGGCUACAAUGAGAACGAGGUCAAGGACUGUCUUGAGGCUGAGGCCUCCGUCGCCACCAGUACCGGAUCAGCUGAACUCAACACAGAGACCAAGUUCUGCAAGAAGGACCUUCAGAAACGUGACACCAAGGACCGCUUCAGCAGCACCUUCAAAGAGAGGUUUACCGAGGUGGUGGGGGGACAGACGGACGGGACGCCCGACCUGCUCUUCUCCGAAACGGGUAAAAACUCCAAGGCCUUCGCUGAUUGGUCGAGCAGCCUGAAGACCAUCCCUGACAUCAUCAACUACUCCCUCCAGCCCCUCCACCUAUUGGAGAAGCAGGCCAGGAAGCGGGCUGGGCUGAAGAAGGCUGUGGAGGACUACAUCCUGGAACACGCUCUGGUCAAGCGCUGCUCUGGGAAGUGCAAGGGAGGCUCCAGCUCCAGUGCCCACGACUCCUGCCAGUGUGUGUGCCAGGCCAGCAAGGAGAUGACCAGCCAGUGCUGCCCGCAGGAGAAGGGCCUGGCCCACAUUACCGUCACUGUGAAGAAUGCCAGGGGCCUCUGGGGGGACACCACGUCCAAGACCGACGGCUUUGUCAAGGUGUUCAUGGAUGACAAAGCUGUGCAGACCAAGGUGAUCCACAACAACAACAACCCUGCCUGGAAGUCAUUUUUCGACUUCGGAUUCAUCAAGCUCUCCCUGGCCAGCGAGCUGAAGUUUGAAGUGUACGAUGAAGACAAAAACUGGUACAAGUCUUGGAACGACCUCCUAGGGAAGUGCAGUUUCCAGCCAAUCGUAGCGGGUCAUCACAACAGCAUGUGUCCCAUGAAUCAUGGCAACCUGUACUACGCUUACAAUGUUGACUGUGCCCCAGGACUUGGGGGCUCCACCUGUGGUGAGUAUGUCCCCUCUGGGAUGAACUCUGACCUCUCUGACCUCUACACCUCCCGAAACUCCCUCAACAUGACCCAGGAUCUGCUGGCUCACAUCCGGACGGGCCGGCCCCUAGGAGACCCCCUGGCUUUUAUGGUUAAGCAGAAGGCUAAUGGUCACGAAAAAACCACAUGAAUCUCACAUCGCAUGUGAGGGAUAAUGGUUACCCUUGUAUCCUUGCUCUCAGUGAGCUGUGAUCAAAACCGCUAUGCAUUAUAAACCUUAUCCUGGCCUAUCUAACUUUAAGCCAUACCAUUUCUAACCUAUUGUUCUGAACCAUAAAUCAUUUUUCUUUGGUAAAAAAAAUGACAAUCAUCAACAAAAACAUCCAAAGUACUGUGUAUUUCUGAAGGUAAUGGUUUAUAUACAUGUUUUUAUGUUUAUUUGACAGGGGCCAUGUACAAUUACAACAUUAAAUAUCAUGCAUUAACUGUGCCAUGUUGUUUGUUGUCACAUCACAUGUCCCUGCUCUCAAACCGCUAUGCUAUGCACUAUAAACCUUAGCCUGGCCUGUCUAACCUUAAUGCAUACCAUUUCUAACCUAUUGUUCUGAACAAGAAAUCAUCAACAAAAACAUCCAAAGUAUAUGUAUUUCUGAAGGUAAUGGUUUAUUUGAAUUUUAGUAUGUUUAUUUGAUAGAGGCCAUGUACAAUUACAACAUGAAAUGUAUUGCAUUAAACUUGACUUUUAUGUUUUCAUUCUCUCAUGACUGUGCCAUGUUGUUUGUGCUCCACUGCAAUAAAAAGCUACUUGAUUUGAUACAUUCA